AUGAGCCGCGAAAUCCGUGUGGACUUAGAUGGUGAAGAUGAUCUGGAAUACCAUUUGCCCAAUGAGAAGGACAGAUUUGGGCGGCCGAUUCCGCACCGCAAGGCAGUAACGGGCACAGACCGACAAGGUAAUGCGCGCUUAAUGUCAGUGGUAGGCUUAAUGCCGGUUGUCGUCCACGGGUUCGCUGAUGACGAGCCGCACACGCUCAUCAUCUUCGAAUGGGAUAUUGUCUCAGGAGUCCAAGAUCUACGAUUCAAGUCUGUGGUUAUUGAAGUAUCAUUCAUUGCCGCUGGCCCACGUGGUGAGGCCGAGGACGAUGCAAAGAAAUUACGCCUCGAAGGCGGUAAUAGCUCCUGGUGGGAUCCGGAGAUUGUAAAGGCAGUCCCGUCUGGUACAGCGUCCUACAAGCAUUCAACGCGAAGGAUCGGUGGCAAGGAAACAUAUGAGCUAGGCUUCAGUGUCGGCUUUCAACCUUACUUCUCGCUGGGCCCAAAAUACGCUCUGGAACGUGAUACGAGCACCGACAUCGCCGACGCUAUACGGGUCACAGGCCAGUCUUUUGUCACUGGUUCCAGUCGCAACCGGCCGAAUUCUGUACGAUGGAUUAUGCUCGAGAAUGCGUCUCAGCGUUCAGGUGUGCCUGCUUAUCUACGGACUGCUGUGCUCUUGAAGCGUCAGCCGGAUGAUAACGGCCUCUUUCUGGGCAAUGUCAAAGUUGAGACACAUGUAUCAUGGUGGGAAGACCUCAAAGAGAAAAAGUGGAAGCUCACUGGGCAGAUUAAACCCGAUGAACCUAUUGUAUUCGACCCCAAUGUGUCGCAGCCAUCAGCCUUUGAUAGCAAGAGGAAUAGGCUUGAUGAUGUUGAUCUAGAUGCAGAGUUCCAGGUCGUUACGGAAAAGGUAGAGGGGGGGCUACUGGCGUGA